AUGGCUCUUUUGAACAAAGAUGGUGCAAAGGAAGAUUUUCAUUCUGAGCCAGCUGUUAAUCAAUCUAAGUCAUUAGAGAAUUCUAGCGAUUCUGAACGUGCGGAGAAGGAAAUAGAUAGGAUUAUUGCUGAAGCCUUUAUGUUAGAACCACAUUGCUCAGGCGCUACGUUGCCAUCAAUUUCGGGUCCCAUUGCACAAGCCGAAAGCGGUGGAUCUCGUACAGAGUUCGAGGACGAAGAUCCUGAAACUCUAAGCAUGCGCCUAAAUUUGAUCGAAUCGUUACAAAGCAAGUUGAAAUCUGUCGAGAAAGAGGAUGGAGAAGUUAGCGACGAAGACACACUUUCCGGAACACAAAUUUCAUCACUGCUGCCGAAAUCGGAGUCAUCAGGUCUGUCGUCAUCCAGGUCUAAGCCAGAAGCUGAUUUAUCCUCUCGAAAGCGGAGUCGCAAGAGGGAGAACUCGAAAAGUAGGGCGAAGCGAAGGUCCGUAGACAAGAGAAGCUCUAUCAGAACGAUUGAGAACGGUAAACAUCAUUCCACUCCUCGCACUUAUCUGAACUCUGGUAAAAGUACAAAGAGCACGGUUUUAGUGUCCAAAUCAAGAGAACGAGAACACAAAUCCAGAGGUUCGAGCAAUACUUAUUCUACUCAUUCACGGCGAUCAAGGAAGUCUGACCGCGAUGCUACUAAAGUGAAAAAUGAACUAGCUGGCCUAAAACAGCUUGUUCCCGAGUUGUCAAUCACGCUUCCUGUUGAACGACGUAGUCCUGAUAGUGUCGGCGUUGUUGUCACUACUUCCAAGGAUGCGCAUAAGGCGACAGCAGAACGAGUUGUGGACACGUCGAAAUCCGCUAAUGCAGGAGAAAAUCGAAGCAUCAAAAGAGUGCGAGAUUCACGCCCCCAUCUUUCUAUUACCGUGAACGGAUUUAGCGGUAGUGGCGAAAAGCCAGAUGCAGAGACAAGACCUUUUAUUGAACGAUUACAAUUGCCCGAAGACUCUCAUUUUACGCAAAAUUGUUCAAGUACACCUCGUCCGUCUCCGCGUAUAUCUAUUCGAAAUUUCACAUCAGAAACCAUUAACGCUGAUACGGAUAUCCCCCUUCCUCCACCUCCGGCUCCUCCUAAUCCAAUCCCGAUGCCACUUUAUGGAGAUAAUGAUUUCUUGAUUUUACCACCACCUCCCGCACCUCCAAUAUUUCCGCAAACCGUGGGGAUGUUGGAAAAAUGUAAUCCAUCAUCCAUAACUGUUCAAGUACGGGAAGGAGGUGCACGAGUUGCUCAGCUGUCUUCAAACACGAGAAUGAGCGAUGCAACCACGUCUUCUUAUAAACGACCUGAAGCAGGAUCCGCUCGUCAUAUGGAAGAACCACCUCCUCCUCCACCAAUUUCUACAGAACAUUUCCCAGAUAAUUAUGAAGACGUUGGGAUGGACGUCGAAUCAUCCCGCUCCAGUUGCGUAUCUGAUUGCGAACACGUAGACGAUAGAGGCAUUGCAUCUCCUCGACAUCGGUUGUUUUCCGAUUCAGACGAGGCGCAGUUGCGAGAAAUGUUGCUGAAUCAGGUUACCCAACAUAGAAAACGACUUGCCGAGAGUACUGCCCAGAGCAGUAGUGCGUCAUGUGAUGGUCGUCCUGAAGAAGAAACGCAGAACCAACCGACGUGUUCUAACGAAGAGGGAAAAAAAUUCGAUGUUAAGAAUGUGUUUCCGCAAGCAAAAAGUGAGGUGAAUACAUGGAAUGCACUGAAGGAUUCUGAGUUAUAUGCUUCAUCUACAUUGAAAGAUAGCAGUAACACAGAAGAGAACAGACGCAACUCUUUUGAAGGAUUACCGAAGAGGAGGAAGUUGGAUGAUUCGGGUGUAUCAGAAGAAUAUUAUUCUUUGAGAAGCCCACCAAGUUCUAGUUUGUCGUCGUUGGAAUCGAUGUUAAGAGAGAAUCAGUCGCAAUUGAACGAACUGGACAGUCAAAUAUCGAGGAGGAUGUCAUUGUUGCAUUCUUCUUUGUUACGCAGAACUGAGCUCAAGAAACAACUAGCUGAGCUUGAAGCUGACAUUGACGCUGAGAGAACUGGUUGUCGACUUUUGAUGCAACGCCGAAAUUCUAUAAGACGUGCUGUUGAGCGCUAUGAGGAAUGCAAAUUGGAUCUUCUGUUAGAAAACGAGUGGCGUCUUCCUAAUGGCAGUACAGAAAAUACUCAAAAAAACGAUGAUAGUUCACCAGUUGAAGAAACAGGCAACGCUUCACAGUCUGGCGGUUCUUCAACCAGACCAAGUGAAGAGAACUCUUCUCAAGAACAUGUGCUGAGUCACGAAGAAGAGCAAAUGCGGUUGAAGCUGUUAGCUCGAAUAAGAAAAGAUGUUAUUGCACCUAGUCAACAAGAAAGAGAAGAGCAAGGUCGAUCAACUCCGUCCGGUAGCGUUGAAGAGUACUGCAAUCAGUCCACACAAACGCCAAUAAGGGAAAAAUCUGCUGAGGAAAUGGUUCUGCCAUUGUACAGGUCGGAUAGUUUUCCUGAACGCCUGAAGCGAUUCGUCGGUAUUCCCCCUGACAUGUCGGUCACCACGGAUUGUCCCUCAGAAAACAGUGGGGAAAAAUGUACAGAUGUCUUUUGCAAGUCAGCUCAUGGGAAGGAUGAGGAAUUAUCACCCGAUGACGUUCUCAGCAUGAUGAUCAGUUAUGCUCCCGGUUUGGUUGACAGUAUCGAGGAUUCAGAUUUAUCGAGACAAGUGGAUGCGCUGAAGGCGAAGAGACUACCUCACGAACGAUUUGGAAUAUUUGCGCGACGGCUUCUGGAUGAACUACCGCCGAGCAAACGACCAACUAGAAUCGGAGGAUCUUUAGAGAACAAUGAAGACGACGAACGGAUACGUGUUUUAUUGUGA